AUGAUCAAUUGCACCCACCAUUUUCAAAAUCCGAUCACUUUGAUAUGUGUGGCUCCUCACAAGUGCUAAUGCUAAAGGAAACUUUGUGUAGUAUGUCAAUAUGAACAUGGAGUGGAUUAGAAAUUAACCAUCCCAAUUUAAAUAUUUAGAUAAAGGGCUAUAUAGAAAUUAAAAGACUCCAAGCUUAAUGAUACAUCUGAACUAACCAAAUAAAGGAUGGCCUUUAAAGCCAUGCUCACACAAACCGAAUAAAUGAUGAAGAAAAUUUGGGAAGAAUUGUCACAAUCUAUCAAAUAAGUAUACGAUUUGAUUGAGAAGGAAAACUAAUCAUACUUAAACCUCAUUAAUGAAAAUACUAAUCUAGCUGAAUCCUCUUACACAGAUUUAGAAAAAUUAGUAAACAUUGUAGAAGGAUCAACUUUAAAUGAUUGGAAUGCUUAGAAAAAGUCUUAUAUGAAGGAGUUAGAUAAGACCAAGAGUUGGUGGGACCAACAUAUAAAGGCUUUUAUUGAGAAGUCUAACUAAGGAAUCCAAUAAAUCCAAUAAUUAAUUAAGUAAGUAUUUAUUUAUUAUUGUAGAAUUUCACCUAAUCAAGAAGAAGAAUCAUAAGAAGUAUAUUAAAUGAAAGAAGAUUUAUAUGAGAUGCUAACCUACAUCUAGGAUAUAGAUGAAUCUCUCUAUUAGAAGAUUAUCGAUAUACUUAGACAAGAGAAAGUUUCAGACAUUAUUGGAUUCCUGUCGAAGACAAACAAUAAUCAGUUUUAUGAAUCUUUAAACUACAAGUAAGAGAAUAUAAAGGAGAUCAAGAAGUAAGUAAAGAAAAUCACAAAUGUCUUGAGAAAUAUUUAGGAACAUAAAUUUAGUACGGAUGAUUAUUCUUCUGAGACUUAUGAAAAGGAAAGAGCGGAUCUGAUCAAAAGGAUGAAGGAUAACAAUGGAAUCACAUAUUUAAUCAAAUUUUUAGUACUACUCACAAGCUUAGAUAUAAAAUUUAUUCAAUGUGGAUCGAAUGCAUUAAACCUAUUAGUAGGCAUGAAGGCAGAUAUUAGGAAUGAAUCAUUUGAGAACAUCAGGAUAGAGAAUACUUCUUUGAUUGGAGGAAACUUUGUAAGGUGUAAUUUGAGUGGAUCUGAGUUUGUUAAUGUAGAUAUCAGUGGAUUGAAUUUGAAUGGUGCUUAACUAUUAAAUUGUAAAUGGAAGAACAUAAAAGUCCAUGAAUUGAAUAAGUUGGAUGGUCAUAGUAGUUGGGUUAGAUCAGUCUGUUUUUCUCCUGAUGGAAAUACAUUAGCUUCUGGUAGUGGUGAU